AUGUCGGCGGAAGCCAUCCUGCCGGCGGUUGGCGGUGAGUCUUCCGGGGCGACCUCCGUCAGAUCCGAGGACAGCGAUUCGGGAGACAGCGAGACGACGCCCGAGACGAGCUGCCACAACUUAGACACCGCCGACUUUAAGAUAUGCGCCGCGAGCCGCUCUGAUGGCAAAAGAAGACAGACCAAUUACUGCGGGCCCAAGGUUCAGUGUGUAUUGGGCAUCACCUUCAUAGUGUUGUCCGUGAUGGGGCUUAUCUUCACGCCCCUGGAUUUUAUGCUGUGGGAGAAGCUUAACAUGAGACCAGGGCUCCCGCCGUACGACUGGUGGGCAGAUCCCCCCGAUGAAGUGAAGCUCAGGGUGUACGCGUUCAACAUCACGAACCACGAUCGGUUCAUGCAAGGACUGGAUCCGAAGCUGAACGUCGAGGAAAUAGGACCUAUCGUUUAUUUAGAGAAACUCGUCCAUACCGGGAUAAAGUUUAACGAGAACAGCACUAUGACGUAUAUAGCAAAACGUCACACCAUAUAUUUGCCCGACGAAAACAAUGUUGACAUGAAUGCGACCCUGAUAGUGCCAAAUCUGGCGGUGCUGGGCAUUGCGUCUUAUCUACACAACUCGAUGUUUUUUAUACAAUCGGCUUUUACAAUACUGGCCAGUUCAUAUGGAAGCGAAUUAUUUGUAAAGAAGACUGUUCACCAAUACCUUUGGGAUUUUAGAGAACCAGUUUUGGAUUUAUCCAAGAACCUGGCUCCGGGUCUGGUGCCCGUCAACAAUAUGGGCAUAUUGGCUAGGAUAUACGCCAAUUUCCAAGACGAGAUGACGGUGAAAAUAGGCCCGCGCUGGGGCCACGACGAGUUCUUUCAAAUAGACAGGUUCUGGGGGAACCCGCAGCUGCCUGGAUACGAUCCCGAGGUGUGUCCAGAUCGAAUCGUGGGUUCUACUGAAGGCGUAAUGUACCGGCAGCGUCUCACAAAAAACGAUACCUUAUUAUACUGGAGGAAGACUGUCUGCAAAAUUAUGCCACUUUACUUUGAUAGCGAAAUGACCUUAGAAGGAGUGCCGGUGUACAGAUACAACUUGUCGGAGAGUGUGCACGAACGUCUGACGAACGGAACAGACUGUUACGCCAGCAGCCCGACCUUGCCGGACGGCGUCAGUGAUGCUUCGAAAUGCUAUUACAAUUUCCCAAUGGUGUCGUCCUAUCCACAUUUCUACGCGGGCGGUGUUCUCAAAGACCAGUUUGUGACCGGCCUCAAGCCUGAUAGAAUUAAGCACAAUUCUUACGUGAUUGUUGAACCGCUAACGGGUACUCCGUUUCACUCUGUGGCGCGAAUGCAAAGUAAUCUGCACAUUAGAGAUUUGUCAGGGUUCAGUUACAACUAUGACAAGCUCUCGAAUUUAAUAUUACCACUUUUCUGGGCAGAAUAUAAUCAAGAAAAUCUGCCUUCGAAAAUAAAAAACGUGAUAUACUUCAUGGUCGUGAUAUUGCCGCCCCUAACGAUCAUAGUUUUAUCAAUAAUAAUAAUAUUAGGUUUCUAUUUAAUAGCGAAAAACGUAUACGAAACGAAACUGCGUUACGACAAAAUAAAAACGUUAUUGCAUUUCAAUAGUGACGCUUCGAACGUGAAGACGAAUACAAUAUUUAAUUACGAGAAAGAAACGUUCUUGAAGAGUCCUAGUUAACCAUUGUAGACUUUAGUUAUAUAUUUUUGUUUGUGUUUAAAGAAAUGGAUGGAAAGCCUGUAGUUAAAAUGAGGCUUUAAGAUGACUAAUCUGUAGCAAAAUUUGUUUUUUUUUCCAGAUUUAUUAAUAAAGUAAAAAAAGAGCGUGACAAAGUGUGUAUAAUAUAUAAUAGAUACUGCUCUUUGCAUGGAAGGAAUAAGUACUACGUAGUACUUAUCACUUCCAUGGCUCUUUGUAACAUUAAUUCACAUUGUAUGAACGCUGCCGCCUUCUUUCCUUCAAUGUGACAGCGAAAUUUCAAUCGUUUCGAAAGAAUAUUCUAUAAUAAUAUACUCUGAGGAAUAACUACUAUAUCACUGUUUAAACUACAAAAUUGCUUCCAUCAGUGUUCAACUUAGAAUGUGUAGUGUGGUCAGGGCUGUUCACGUUUGGUCGCCUCUGCAAUACAUAAGCGUAACUUUCAGAUUGGAAUAAAUUAUUAAAAGUAUCUAACUUUUCCACUAAUUCCGAAAAUUUCCUUUUUUAUUCCUCGGUGGGAUAUUGUCACGAACUACCCUAAUUUCGAACGAAAGUCUAGAAUUUAGAUAAUAAAUAUAAAAAAAGAUUUCCCAAAAAGCGUCCCAUAGACAAUAGUAAUGCGCUGCCAUUAGAAUUUCUUUUUUUUUGUUAAAUAUUUAGAACUUUGUGCCUCAAAUAAAAGACAUUCAAAGAAGCUAUCAAGUAAUACCUAUGAACAAACAAGAUUGCUAGUUAAUUAUUUAGUUUUAAGUACAAAAGGAGCCCUUAAAUUGUAAUGUUUGACAAAAAAAAGACUGAAUACAUAAAAAAUGUGUUAUUCAUAACAUGAUAUAAAACAGACGUACAGUUAAGACUACCUUCAAUAUACGAUUCAAGACGAUAUAACGAUUGUAAUCUUAAAAUCCUAUAAAAAUAUGGAGGUACGAGAUAAGAUGUGAAAAUGUUACUAGAAAAAGUUACCAUUUACAGUUGCGUCACCGUAGCUAAAGGUAUCAUUUCAAUGAUAAUUCCAAAAGUUAAUAUUUGAUUUUAAAUGUUUUCAACUCUGCUCGUUUAGAACUGCUACGUUCAUAUAACAUCACUAGCCACGCUAGAGUUAUUAUGGUGGGCAUUUUUAGACAGGUUUUUAGACAAAAGACAGUUCUCUUUGCCCUGCCCUGCUCUGGUCUCCGUAUAUUAAAAACAUUUUUGAAAAUUCCAAAUUUUAAAACUAGAACAAUUUGGAUUCUAUUCUUAGUUUUAGUCCCAGGGGCUAAGCGAUAAUCUACUUAAAACCCUCACAGCUAUGUUUUUUCAGUCAUUCCCUUAUUGUUUAUUUUUGAUCCUACGGAGGGUAGAAGUAAGUAGUAUCAUCUCAGUGUAUUAAAGUGUUAAAAGCCAAUUAAGGU